AUGAAACAUUUCAAGAGCAGAAGUGCCACGCAUCGAUUCGUUGCGAAGAGCGGCAGAAAGGACAUUCCGAACAAUACACGAGUAAAGCUGCUCGAUAACUGUGUGCUGAACGAUUUAGAGGGUGACAAGGAGAGUGAGGAAAGUGAUUUCUUGUCAGAUUUUGUAGAAUCGUGA